UGCACCAGUAAACUCUGACGUGACAUUGACUUCCAAACACAGAAGUUGCUUGUUGGAUGUUUUGCUCACUGAGUGAAAUUCCUACGAAACCAGAUGAACAUUUUUCUAGUUUUAUCUGCACAUUAUUCAGUCUGAUGGCGGCUCUGUCUGAGAACGUGUUGACAGUCAGCAUGUUACUGAGUGUCGUCUUCCUUCCAGGUGAUGCGGCUGAUUGUACCAAUCCAGUCCUUAUUGCUAACACACCUGGGCAGAUGGAAGCUCUGAGUGGAUCUUGUUUGCAAGUUCCAUGUAGCUUCAAUUCAACACAUUCCGAUUUUGGCAAAACUAAAGUUUAUUAUGGAAUCUGGUUGAAAAAUACUGAUUCUUUGAAUCAAUGUCCAAGCUGUCUUAUUUUCAACAGCAGUGGGUCAGUUAACAAAUAUUCACUGAAAAUGAUUGGAAAUGUGAGUGAGAAAAACUGCACCACUCUGUUUCCUGAUUUAAAUACGAGUUAUACUGACACAUACUACCUCCGCAUUGAGAACGGGGCAUUUAGGGCAACAAAUGCUUGUUAUCCUCUUCAUAUAAAAGUGAAUGAUUCUCCUUGGAGUCCCAGCAUUAAUCUUCCCUCUGACCUGAAGGAGCAUCAGUCUGUCACUGUAACCUGCUCAGCUUUCACUCCCUGUCCACAAUCACCUCCUGAACUCACCUGGAAUCUCCAACAAGACUCUCUCAAUCAAACAGAGAAAAACACAGAUGGAACCUUUACAACUAAACUCCAGGAGAACAUCACUCUGUCAGACACACAUGAUGGAUACAACAUCAGCUGUUCUGCCAGAUAUCCUGUGGUUUUGGGAAACAAGACAGAAGAGACAAAAGUGACUCUUAAUGUUUCAUAUGCUCCUAGAAACACCUCAGCAUCCAUCAGUCCAUCAGGUUUGGUGUCAGCAGGUACCUGGGUGAAGCUGAGCUGCUUCAGCAGAGCCAAACCUCCACCCAGCUUCACGUGGUUCAGGAACAGCAAACAUGGAGCCAUGAAUGUGUCUGUUGGCCAGGUUUACAGCUUCAGUGUUACUGAGGGAGGAGAGUAUUACUGUGUGGCUACAAAUGAUCUGGGUAAUGAAACGUCAUCCAGGCUCUGUGUUGGAAUCAAAGAUUCUCCUUGGAGUCCCAGCAUUAAUCUUCCCUCUCACCUGAAGGAGCAUCAGUCUGUCACUGUAACCUGCUCAGCUUUCACUCCCUGUCCACACUCACCUCCUGAACUCACCUGGAAUCUCCAACAAGACUCUCUCAGACAAACAGAGAAAAACACAGAUGGAACCUUUACAACUAAAAUCCAGGAGAACAUCACUCUGUCAGACACACAUGAUGGAUACAACAUCAGAUGUUCUUCCAUACAUCCUGCGGCUGAAAAAAGCAACACAGCAGAGACAAAAGUGACUCUCAGUGUUUCAUAUGCUCCUAGAAACACCUCAGCAUCCAUCAGUCCAUCAGGUUUGGUAUCAACAUUAUGUUUCUUUGAAGCUACUCUGUGGUUUUCCUCGUACUCUGAACCUGGCAGUCAUAAUAUUCAUCCUAUGCUUUGCCUAAUAAAUGCACUGUUCCUGCGUUUAAAUAUUAACAGGCUAUCCUCCUCUUUUACAACAAGAGGAAGGAUAAAUAUUGCACCAGUAAACUCUGACGUGACAUUGACUUUCAAACACAGAAGUUGCUUGUUGGAUGUUUUGCUCACUGAGUGAAAUUCUUACGAAACCAGAUUCACAUUUUUUUCAUUUUAUCUGCACAUUAUUCAGGUAAGAACGCUGUAAAAAUGAAAGUGCUUUUGACAAUGUGUUUUUCCUAAACCAGUAUUUUUUCUUGCUAUAAAAACUGCCAUUGUUUUUUUUUGAAAAUAGUUGUUUUUAGUUAUACAUUCAAUUUGUUAUCAAAAAGCUAUGCUGCAGUUGUUCAUGUACAAGUUUGAAGAUGGACCAAAAUGUAUGAGGGGUCGUUCAGGACAAGAACUGUGUUUUCUCUCACACACACUACUACAGAUUCUCACACAAACACAAGACUAAAAUUGCACUUACACACUGUUAAAAUAUCACACACAGCCAAAGAGUACCUACGACCGCCGAUGUUGUGGCUAUAUGUGCUACCUCAUCAGCAAUUUUCGAAAGGUAGCAUCGACAGAUAGACAUGGCUGUCUAGAUCCGCUGCGGUAGGAAAAUCUGAUGAGGAAGCACAGAUAGUCAGAACACCUAUCAAACCAAAAGCCCAAAUGUUGAGCACAGGUUGAUAUUGUCACAGAAAGUAGCUACACGGAUGACUGCCCUUCAUCUUCUCCCUUUGUCCUCUUUGGGAAGUUAGCACUUCCACCCUCAGAUUGAACCUCCCAGAGGCAAAGCUUGGAAACUAAAUGAUACUGCAGUUUUCAUGUUAGGUUUUAGUUUUUCUACAAUUCAGUGGCUCUUUUGUAGUUAUUACCUUUUCAAUAGCUAUCAGAUAUGGACUGCAAGAAGCUCACCAUCUAUUGGUGACAACAUGUCGCAACAAAUAAGUAAAACUGUACUUCCCUCAAACAUGAAAUUUUCUCUAAAACGUCCCAUAAAACUUGCUUGACAUCGUAUUGAGAUACAAAAGCUUUUUUUCAAAUUUUUGCUAAAGCCUUUAUUCUCGCUGGUGUUGUUGGCACAUUCUUGUAUCACUCUAUUGCAGUGCUCCUGUACCUACUUCUUUUGUUCAGUUCUGUCUGAAUAAAUCAAAUCAGCUCCA